UUUAAAACUUUUACUAAACAGUCUAUGUAUCUGUCGUCUUAAUAAUUUAAUGUGAAUUCAAUAUUAAAUAUGUUUUAGGAGAAUAGGAAAUACUAUCUUACUUGGAAUUUAUAUAUUUUUACAGAAAAAUAUAAUUUUAAAUGAAAAGUUCAAACAAUCAUUAAGGCAAUUAAUAUUUAACAAGAAAAGUAAUAAUGUGGGUGUUUGGUUAUGGUUCACUGAUAUGGAAAGCGGACUUUCCUUACGAAGAAAUUCUCGUUGGAUACAUCAAAGGAUAUAUCAGAAGAUUUUACCAGAAAAGUAUAGAUCAUAGAGGAAUACCUAGUAGACCUGGUCGUGUUGUAACAUUACUUAAUUCUGAUAAUCCUAAUGAUGAAGUAUGGGGUGUUGCUUAUAGAAUAUCACCCCAAAAUAUAGAUAAAGUAGUAAAACACUUGGAUUACAGAGAAAAAGGAGGUUAUGAAAGAAAAAGUGUUUCCUUUUAUCCAUCUUAUUCCAUUAAAAAUACUACACCAUAUUCUUUAACAAAUAAUACUUUUCCAAAUGAUCUUAAAAAUAAAAAACUAUUAUCAUCAGUUUCAGAAAAUAUGCCAUUUUAUAUUACAAUUUACAUAGGUGGUGAAGAUAAUCCAAAUUAUGCAGGUGUAGAAGACAUAUAUACAAUAGCAAAACAGAUACUAGUGUCUCAUGGUCCUAGUGGAACAAAUACAGAAUAUUUAUAUAAUUUGGCAUCUGCAAUGCGAGUAAUAGCACCAGGUAUAAAUGAUGAACAUUUAUAUACACUUGAGACAACUGUGAAAAUGUUAGAGCAAGAAAAAAAUACGGAAAUGAAAUUGGAUAAAAAUUUAUGUGAUAGUGAGAAUGGAUAAGAAAUAUGUUUCUUUAAUAAUAUAUUUCAGAGCUGAAUAAUGUAACCAAAAGUUUGUACCUAAAACUUUGGAAAAUAGGCAAAUUAUUUGUAUUAUCUGUGUAAUUAGAAAAAAUAAAUAAAAUCUUUGUAUAGUAUGAAA